CUUCCGGUUCUGAAAGAAACAAACAAAUCUCGCGUAAAAUGUUUGAAAUGUUUUUUAACUUAUUUGGCUCGAUUUCAUAGCGAUUUCCUGUACUUUUUCUUCAUCGAACUUGGAGCAUAAUAUAAGAAGCCAAGAUGGAUGGCUCAGAUGCUUCAACUGUCUUUAGACAAAGCGUCAAAGAUUCCAUCAAAAAAUUGGAAGAUGGUGUUCUCCACUUAAGUUCUCAAAUCCAGAAUGUAACAAGUGCAAUUGGUAGUGUGAAGACAAGCAGUAUGAAUGCCACAAGAGUUGUUGAAAAUCAUUUUGAAUCUGCCAGAAAGGAGAUCCUCACAGCACUGGAGACACGCAAGGCGUUUCUCUUGACAACCAUCAAAGAAAUCGAAACACAAGAUUUGGAACCUUUGACAAAUCUAAAGCAACUGCUUGAUAGCGAUCUGGCAUUAAUGAAAAACCAAAUUACAGAAGGUCAUUCUGUACUAGAGCAGGAAGAUGAUUUAGUUAUGAAAAAUGAAAAAGAAAUAAAGAAAAAACUGCAACCAUUACAAAAGAGUUAUCCAGACAUGCCGUGUGCGGCUCAAAAUCUUUCAGUGAGCAUUGAGGACUCUGAGGUUGGCAAUAUCAUUGAAUCCAUUCAAAGCCUGGGUGAUGUGCAGAUGUUGGGUUCACUACAGAUUGUAGAACUGGUUGAACAAGCUGGGGGGAUCUUGGUACAAUGGGAUGAGACAUUAGUCGAGAGCGAGUCGUUCACCGAAGGCAGUAUGGGAACGCAGGAAUACAUGUUGCAAUAUUGUCAGGCGGAUAACAAAGUCAGUUCGGAUGAUGUGUUCAAUACCAUAUACCAAGGGGAACAAAUGUCUUAUCUUGUGACCGACAUUGAGCCUCACAUUACAUACACUUUCCGUGUUUGUGGGAGAUCAGGAAACAAAGAGAAAUGGGGUCCUUGGAGCGCAUGCAAGAAUGGUGUUACAUCACUUGAGCCGCAUGAAUGGUCCCAGAAAGACUGCAAAAACAAGAAGGGAAUUGCCAUUUACCAGCUGAGCAACGACAGACGUACAGCAACGAAAGUCUUCCCGGAAAGCUCUAGAGUUUUACGGUCUCGUUCGAUGAGUUAUAUCAUUGGCAAUACUCUUACGUUUACUGUGGAAGAAACUGGAGAGCCAUCGGCUAGCGACGUCAUCGGAAUGAUCACCCAAUACUGCAUCAUAGACAACAACCAAGUUUUGACUGGAGUCACUGGACCUGAAUGUGUUGGGGUGAACUCAAAAGGGAUAAUACAUGUGAACGGAACUAAUAUGACGACAAGGUUACCUCCGUUUAAGCGAGGCACACAAGUUUCAUUUGAAGCGCAUAAGGUCUCUGGAAAGAAACUUAGAGUGUCUGUAGGUGUUGAUGAAAAAGAAGUCACAUUGGAUUGGACUUUAAUCAAUGAAGUUGAAAAGCUGUAUUUUGCUAUGUGUUUUGGACAAUCUGGGUGGCAGGUCACUAUCGGAUGACGCACAAUUGUAUAGAAUAGUGUUGAAACAACUGAUAAACUGAAAGAAAGUUAUACAUGAAAGUCGUAGACGAUACUUAGGGUGAAAUAAUAGGGUGAAAGUAGAAUUCUUUCGCAAACUAGACACUUACAAAUAGGCAAAUUUGCAUUGGUAUUGCAUGCUACAAAUCUAUAAAUUAGCAAAGGUCGAUGAUGAUUAUUAUCUUUAAUGAGGAAAACUCAAUUGAUUUUCACUUUGAUAUGGGGAGAACCUAGUCUUUUCACAUGUUAUAUUUGUCUCACCAAACAGGUAUAGCAGUGUUAUAUAUCAAACUUAGCUUUGACAUAAUUUUCUAUUCUAGAAGGCCACAUUGGCCACACAUUUUUAAAUACCUAAUCUAGAAAUAUUCUAUUUAAAAUCCUAGAAUUAGUUAGUCACAUUAUUAGACACUUAUUAUUAUUGAAUAACAUAGAUUUUUAAUAGUUUUGUUAAUAACAAAGUGGUAUGUUGUUAAAGAUAUUUAAAGAUUGAAAUAAAUAAAAGAUGAUGUAAAA